AUGCUUGGCCGGUUUCUUUCAGUCUCUGAUUCGUGGAGGCCGCCCUGCGGUAGUUCUCGCGGUAUUUGCUGCCGCCAGUCGGCGAGAGAGGCUGCUGUUCCGUGGCGGUCCUUUCUAGCUCCUCUGGUCGCCGGGGCUCUUGUGUUUCCAGUUGCCAGGUCGCGUAUCAUGACGUCCGCCUUGGAGAACUACAUCAACCGAACUGUUGCUGUCAUUACUUCUGAUGGGAGAAUGAUUGUGGGAACACUGAAAGGUUUUGACCAGACCAUUAAUUUGAUACUGGAUGAAAGCCAUGAACGAGUGUUCAGCUCUUCACAGGGAGUAGAACAAGUGGUACUAGGGUUAUACAUCGUAAGAGGUGACAAUGUUGCAGUCAUUGGAGAAAUUGACGAAGAGACAGAUUCUGCACUUGAUUUGGGGAAUAUUCGAGCAGAACCUUUGAACUCUGUAGCACACUGAGGAAAAAUUACAUAUAUCAGACAGCUGUAAAUCUUUGUACAGAAACUGAUUAUUCUGAGACUGAUGGUCAGAAUUUUUAGGAAUGUGUAAUUGUGGAUUUUGACUCCAUGUCGAUUCAUUGUUAUAUGAUAUGUA